GUGGAAACUGCUGUGCGUGCUGGCUUCGUUGUCUGUCGGCGAGCAGGCAGGGGGCCGCACCGCAUUUCCUCCUCGCCAGUGCCGCAAACCCCGCCCCUGCCGGAGAGGAUGUUGAAAAAAUCGCCGUCCCCGAUUGGCCCGGGCAGCCCGUCCGUCAGCACUUAUUCCUGACACACUGAUGGGACGCUGACGGCGGUGGGCGGGCGCAGCUAAGAAAAUUAUAAGGUCAUUUGAAUUACGCUUGCUAGCGAGCUUAUCGGCUACAAUGAACCCAGAAAUGAUAUCAAUGAUUGUGACAAUGAACGGAUGAUGAUCGCGGGGUCAGAGUCGAAGCGUACAGCCAGGCGAGUUUGACGUCCGAGCCGCCGGAGGAGGGGAGCAGCAAGCAGCAGCGCGUUGUGAUAUUAACAACAGGAGGGGAUCCCGGUGCGUGUGUCCGUCUCUCUGUGCGUUUCUGUGAGCCUCUGUGAAGCCGAGCCGAGCGGCGGUGAGGAGAGGAGCGGAGCGGAGGGGGCGACCAGGCUAGUCUGUAAGCCGAUCAAGGGGAGAAUCGCACACAACGAGUUUCACGUCUGGGAUUUUUCUGCGCAUCUACAUGCUUGUGACGGUGUGAGCGAGGUGCAAGGAUGAUGCGUCUAGCGUGCUGCACGGCCCUGCUGUUUGUGUUGAGGCUCCUGGUGGGCUUGCCUUGGUACCAGGUUCUCCCGGCCAUCCUGAUCUUCUACCUGGGAAGCGGAGGAUGGAGUUUCCUGCAGAUCUUUGCCAGAACAGUCGGCAGAGACUUGCAUGCGGCAGGUGUGCUGUUGCGGGUGAAGAUGAAUGUCAGACGCCACCUCAGCGAGAAGAACACUGUUCCCAAGAUCUUUGCCGAAACAGUGAAACGCCACGGGGACAAAACGGCCCUGAUAUUCGAGGGGACUGGGGAGAGAUGGACCUUCCGACAGCUCGAUGAGUAUUCCAACAGAGUAGCUAACCUGCUGCUGGAACGGGGUUUCAAGGAUGGUGACGUGGUGGCCCUUUUCAUGGAAAACAGGUCCCAGUAUGUGGGCCUCUGGCUGGGCAUGGCCAAGAUCGGUGUAGAGGCGGCUCUGAUCAACUUCAAUUUAAGACUAGAGGCCUUGGUCCACUGCGUCACCAUUUCCAAUGCCAAGGCUGUCGUGUUUGGCUCGGAGCUGACUGAUGCUGUGUGUGAGAUCCACAGUUCAAUGGGGAAGGCAGUACAGAUGUUUUGCUGUGGAGACUGGGACCCCCAACGAGUCCCACGGGGAACCGAGUGCCUAGAGCCCCUGCUGGAUGCUGCCCCAUCUCAUCUGCCAAAAAGGCCACAACGCUGCUUCACAGAUCGCCUGUUCUACAUCUACACAUCGGGAACCACUGGGAUGCCUAAAGCUGCUAUUGUUGUGCACAGCAGGUACUACCGCAUGGCAGCCUUGGUGUAUUACGGCUUUAGGAUGACCUCAGAUGAUGUGUUGUAUGAUUGCCUACCACUCUACCACUCUGCAGGUAACAUUGUGGGAGUGGGCCAGUGUAUAUUACACGGCAUGACUGUAGUCAUCAGAAAGAAGUUCUCUGCUUCUCGUUUCUGGGACGACUGUGUCAAAUACAACUGCACUAUUGUACAGUACAUUGGUGAGAUCUGCAGAUACCUGCUGAACCAGCCAGUUCGGGACACAGAGAAACAACAUCGGGUGCGCAUGGCACUUGGCAAUGGUCUACGCCAGUCUAUAUGGGAGGAGUUCAUGAACCGCUUCAAUAUACCGCAGAUUGCAGAGUUCUAUGGAGCCACUGAGUGCAACUGCAGCCUGGGCAACUUUGACAACAAGGUUGGAGCGUGUGGCUUCAACAGUCAGAUUCUGCCCUUCAUCUACCCCAUCAGACUGGUGAGGGUAGAUGAAGAGACCAUGGAGCUCAUUAGAGGACCUGAUGGCGUCUGUAUUCCCUGCAAACCUGGCGAGCCUGGCCAGCUAGUCGGCAGGAUCAUUCAGAACGACCCUCUUCGGAGGUUUGAUGGAUACGUCAACCAAUCAGCAACCAGCAAGAAGAUUGCUAAUAAUGUCUUCAAGAAGGGAGACAGUGCCUAUCUUUCUGGUGAUGUAUUAAUCAUGGAUGAGAAUGGACACAUGUACUUCAAGGACCGCACAGGAGACACUUUCCGCUGGAAAGGAGAGAACGUCUCGACGACCGAGGUGGAGGGAACUCUCAGCAGGCUGCUAGACAUGAAAGAUGUAGUUGUCUAUGGUGUUGAAGUACCAGGAGCCGAAGGAAAGGCUGGAAUGGCAGCCAUCGCUGAUCCGUCUCACUCCACCGACCUGGAGAAGUUUGUGAAGGACAUGGAGAAGGCGCUUCCUCCGUACGCCAGACCCGUGUUCCUUCGCUUCCUUCCAGAGGUCAACAAGACAGGAACAUUUAAGUUUCAGAAGACGGACUUGCGUCGGGACGGCUUUGACCCCACUGCAGUGUCAGACAGACUGUACUUCCUGGAUUCCAGCAGAGGGCGGUAUACGCAGCUGGACGAGGAGCUGUACCGCUCCAUACUGUCAGGGAAACACAAAUUGUGAUGACCAGGCUGACCACUACAUGUACACACGAUACACACAAACACACACAUACAGACACAGAGAAGAAGACAUUAUUGUGUGACCAGGAUAGCAGAAUGCAGGACCUUCUCCCCAUAUACACAAUUGCAUAUAAAGUAAUAGCCAUACACACUCCAUGCCAACACGUUUACACACACACAUCCACAUACACAAAAUAUUCCCCAAAACACUUUACUCUUUAUGACCCCUAAAAAUAGUCUUAUGCACACCACACACACAGACACACACACAGAUAUACACACAGCACCACUCAUCCAUCCCUCCUGCAAUCCCCCCGGCAACUCCUCUCGCUACCUCAGCAAACACAGAGAGAGGCACAAACCUAGUAACCAGGUCUAUUUGGUAACUUGAAACCACCCUUCAUAGCCACACAAUCCCCAACCCCCACCCGACCCCACAGGUCUCUCAAACGACCACGCCUGUCCAUCCUGGUCCAUCGAACCAGAUGUGUUGCUGUGGGACACAGCUGGCUAUGCGGGACACGGAGAACAAAACCGGCUGCCUAGCAUUCAGAAUGCAAAAACUUGAAAACUACAGAUAACCGCAGACUUAAAGAAUGCUAAAAAAGAGCAUGGAUUCUGUACAAAAAAAUGGGUGUUGGACAACGAAGGGACUCAUGAGGGCCUGAAAUGUCUCUCAGCUCGUUCUUUCGUCAGCGGGAUUGUUUCUGUGUACACGUGGAGCCCCUGAUGUCGACUCACCUGCACGAUCAGCCAGCAGUGACAAACCUGUGUGACAGCUACAGCUUUGUUUCCACUAUUGCUCUUAGGGCUUGAGAUGAAAAUGAAGAAGAAGACACCACAUUUUGUUUUCAAAAGGGAACAACAUAAGGAUGUGAGGGAUUUUGGAAAGCCUUUGACCCGUAACCCACGGUUACAGAAGUCAGAUUAGACCAGUGGUUGAAGCUCAGAGGUUCACUAAAGUGCAAUAGGGCUCCAGCGCUUGCAGUGCAAUAGUCAGCCGCACCACACGAGUGCUGAUAUAAAACAAAGCUUUGUAUUUAAAUAUGUCUGCAUCACACCAAAAAUAUUUAAGUUGUAGUGUUUGUUUACAUAUUUAAGAAGUCUUAGUUAAUUUAUGUAUUUGUUAAAGCUUUCUCUUUUGUUCUCGUGCAGAUGUAUCAGGUUGUGUUUUGCUUUACGUGUAUCCAAAUCCGUGCUUAAGAAACUCAUGGAGUCCUCAAAAGUGAAACUGCAGUAAGCAGUUUAUAUCAGCUGCUGGAAUACAAAGUUAAGUGAUCGGGCUGAUUCAACCCUGGGCUAAUAGAUGGGCUAUUUCCACACACAUGGCUUGUCCACAUGCUGACGUACAGUAUGUUUGUGUGGCUGUAUUGUGCAGGUUUGGUCCUAAAAGGUAGAUUUUGCCUAUCGUAGGGUGUGUAUGGGUGCGUGGGUGCGUGCGUGCGCGCAUGCGUGCGUGCAUGUGUUUGUGUGCGUGAGUGUUUUCUUGACUGAAGAAGGAGAAGCACCACAUCAUCGAGGUCUUGUGUUAUAAACAAUGUUGCGGUGCUAAAGAGGGAUUUUCUGCCAGAUUCAAGAGAGCCGAAAGAUCCAAAGAUUCCAAGGCAGGGGUGCGCCGAAACAGAACGGUAGAAGAAGAGAAAAUGUGCUUUGUCAUCGAUGUUUUGUCUGUUGUUUUGCAGUAGCUUGUCGCCCUCCAGAGGUUGUAGCAACACGAGUGAGCAUCAUCAACCACAAGCAGAGCACUGUGCCUUACUGUGAGUUCACCUCCCAGAUUCACAGGCCCUGGUCCACGCAUCGUAUCUCACAUGGAUCCCUCUUCUACCUACGUUCAGCUUCACUCGUCCCUGUCACAGUAGCCCUGGUAACACUGGCCUAAAUCUUGGGAGCUCAUAUUUUAUUCUGAAAAAUCAUCUGCCCAGCGGCUGACCCCUUCGUCCUGCCGGGUGCAGGAAGAGUUUGCGUUGAUGUCUCACUGCGCGAGGCUGCUGUCAUCACAUUUUCUGGGACAGUCCUAACUUCCUGUCCUGCGAGUCUCCUCUGGUCCUUCCUCAGCCCCAACUCUGAACUUAAAUUGUCUUCUAGCUGUCUUAUUUGUUCCCUUCUUGGGUCGUCUUAUAGAUAUUGUUCUCCCAAGUUUCCAUUUGCUCAGCACCUUUACACCAAGCCUUUAUCUUCAUCUUUCUGCUAAGCACUCCGGUCAUUUUCAUAAAUCCAUCUCCAAUCCACUUCUCUUACUUAUUCCUUCUCUCUCUAUCUCUCUCUCAUUGUCUUCAAGCUGGCACCUCCGUUUGGUCCUUGCUGUCCUCGUUAGGUACCGAGCUUCAUUCUCUGCCAUGUCUGCAUCAUCUCUCUGUGCUCAUGUUGAUUCAGACAAUGGUAUAAACAGCCAUUGGAUACAUUUCAAAUUUCCUAAUUGGAGUUUGUUGGAGAGAGGUUUUUUUUUGUCAACUUAUCUUUAGGAGGGCUGAUGACAAAAAGCUCCAACCGUACACUCAAUUGUUCUAAAAACAUCUUUGGCCAAUGUGUGUUGUGUGUAGUCUGCCAUCACCUUGUGACUUUUUGUCUUACCUUCGCAACUGACCACAUCCUCAGUCCCCUACAGCACAGCCAGGUUUGUGAGUCAUGCGAGGACUGGCUGAAGUGUAGAGGACACAUAUUUCGUCACCAUUUUUUAGGCUGCUUCACCCUCUUGUGUUUAGAUGGCUUACGUUUUAGUCCGUACUUUUCACUGAAUGACUGACACAGUUGACCUUGACGGCUGCAGUCCGCUGACAGCGAUCGUCGAAGUCAUUUCCAAGCAAAGCAGUGUGACUGAAACCGAGAUCUCAUCCCUGCUCCCUCUGUGGUCCUAGUUCAGAGCGUGUCUCUCUCACUUGUAUUUAUUCUUUAAUGAUGAGUGUGAAAUGUUCUCAUGAAUGUCUGAAAAAGCAAACGAGUGACCAAUGAUGAUGAUGAUAAUGAUGAUAACGAAGAUGAUGGUGGUGAUGAUGUUGUGAAGUAAAGUGUGAUUUACGUAUCUAAGGGAACACAGUUUGGCUGUUAUGAUGCUAGUGACUGAGGGCUGACUGAACAGCCUCACAAGCUGAUCACUCUGAAUAAGAUGUUUCCAUUUUCACGUUUUUUUUGUUUUUGUUUUUUUUUUAAAUAAAAAAAAUGACUUUAAAUUAUUUCUUUUUUGAAGGAACUGUUAAUUUUACUUUGAUUGUUUCAUUGCUAAAUGUGUUUGCUUUUUUUGUGUGAAAUCAUAGCUUUGUGAUUUUUCUGGUAUAAACAAAAUCGGGAAUUAUGAGUGUGAGACAAUCGAAUGGCAGUUAUUUUCGGUUUUGGGCUUUUCUUUUCUCUACCUUUUUAUAAAAGGCAGUAGGAAGCAGACUUUUGUGGAUCACAGUGGUUAUGAAUGUUAACCAGGAGCCAAUUUUGCUGUUUCCCCAUUUUCCAAUUAGUAACUGUUGUUCUGAUAAAGUAGACGGCAGACUAGAAACUGCUGAGGGACUGCAGGGUGUCGCAUGUUUGUGGGAUGGUGUGUGUUUUUGAGACAUCUGUUUGGCCAGAGGGGGGCACUGUGUCCUUGCCGAUACACACAGGUUUCCAUUCCACCUUCUGUCAUGCAGUCUUUGGAUGAGUAAUGAAAUGAUCUACUGACUACAACUGCUCUAGAUGGACAUGUAUGGGGUGAAGAUAAAGCAUCACAUGAGGUAUCUCAAAAUGUGGGAUGUUCUCGCUGAUGUUGAUGUUUAAAUUGGCUUGUUAAACUUGCUUGACCCUGUUUCUUUCAAAUGUUUUGAUCUCAGAGGUUAUCUGCUCGUAUUUGCUAAAUUAUUUCACUGAUUAAAGCUCCCAAGUCAAAGUCAGAGACGUGGGGACUUAUACAAGUUAAAGUUUGUCCGUUUGAGUUCCAAAGUGAUCAAUUUUAAGAGCAAAGUCUCAGAUGCAUCAAACUAUCACAAGUGUUCCCACCAGCUCAUACUGAGAUAAUGAGAGUCUCUGGUUGGAGAGCUCUGCAAAAAAAAGAAAAUAAGGACAAGUCACCUCUGAGCUCCUCGAUACGUCUGUUAUUAUGCUGAGAUCAUUUCACGCCAGGCUGAUUGAUUUUUGUCCCCCAUGCCUCUGAUCAACAUCUCUCACUCAGCUUUUUUGCACUUUUUGUUUCUUUUGUGUUCUUUUCUUGCCUGUGGUGGUCCUCAGGAACAUCGAGCCGUGCUACAGAGGGAAAAUGAGUUUUUACAUGUCUGCCUAUGUGUGUGAAAGUUUUAUUUUUUUCUAUUAUUAUUAUUUUAUUUUCCUCGUCUCAAUGCGCAGGCGGCAGCUCUUCGACCUGUGCAACAGAGCGUGUAGGGGAGGUCUGUGAGGUGUGCUGUGUGUGUGAGACGCACACACACUGAUGUCCUCUUGUCCACUGAAGGCUAGCUGUAUACAUCAUGCAUUUUAAGAAAAUGAGAUAAAAACAGUGCUGCAAAUGGAAAAUCAUUAUUAAUAAAAAACUAUUUAAAUUGUUCA